UAUAUAUUUAAUGCAAUCACCUUAAUUCUAGAAAUCAAACGAAAACUCAAUUAAAAGUGAAUAAUUUACUCAAGGUUGGCUUCCAAUUACAAAUGAUGUUGAAUAAUCAAUUGUGUCUUAUUUAGAUUAACUAGGGAUUAAUUAAUUGACCUAAGUUGAAAAGCAUUCUAAUUAAAGAAACUCAUUGUAUUCCUUAGAUAUAGCUAUAACACCAAAAUCUUAAAGAAGAAUUUCUUUAACAAUGGAUUCAGAGUUAUUUUCGAGGAGAAGUUUUAGAAUGUGUUCUGACUAGAUAUGAACAUAAAAAAAAGAAAAUUCAGAGAC